AUGUCGACUAUGCCUGCUCAGCACGGCCACAGCGAGGGAUGCUGCAAUAUCCCUCCUGUCGUCUCCAAGGGCUACGAUGCCAAGGGCAGCUAUGAAGAGAUUGGAUCAAAGAAGACCUACGUCACCGGUCCCGCCGACGCAAAGAAGGCCAUCGUCGUCACUUUCGAUAUCUUUGGAUUCUUCCCCCAGACGCUUCAAGGAGCCGAUAUCCUGGCCACCAGCGGCGCCGAGAAGUACCGCGUAUUCAUCCCGGACUGGUUCGCUGGCGAGCCCUGCCCCAUCGAGUGGUUCCCCCCCGACACCGAGGAGAAGCAGAAGAACCUCGGCGGUUUCUUCCAGAAGUUCCCGCCUCCCAAGAUUGCCGAGCAGACCCCGGACUACGUCAAGGCCAUCCAGUCAAAGUACUCAUCCAUUGAGUCUUUUGCUACCAUUGGCUACUGCUGGGGCGGGAAGGUCGUUUCACUCGUGACCUCGGGUGACAAGAACCCCUUUAAGGUCGCCGCCGAGGUCCAUCCUGCUAUGGUCGAGCCCGAGGAUGCCAAGGGCAUCAAGAUUCCGCUCAUUAUGCUCGCUUCCAAGGACGAGCCCGAGGAGGAUGUCAAGAAGUUCGAGGCCAACCUCAACGUGACUAAGCACGUUGAGACUUUCAAGGACCAGAUUCACGGAUGGAUGGCUGCUCGUUCUGACCUGGAAGAUUCCAGAGUUAAGGAGGAGUACACUCGUGGAUACAAGACAGUUCUCGAGUUCUUUGGAAAGAACUUCUAA